CUUUGCAUGGUUUUGCCUGGAUAGGAAAGGAAACUAUUUUUGGAUGACUCUUUGAUGUUGAGUCAGCAGCAGCCGCUGAAAAGCCCCAGUUCAGCUCCCUGGGAGCUGCCCUUUGCUGGUUUAUGCAAGAAAUUAAAAUACAGAAAUGAAGGUGGAAAGCCAGAAUACCAAGGGGGCGAUAUGGCCACAGGUCCUAGUGAGCAGUUGGAACAAAGUGAAGAACGCCCAGAUUUUGUGAAAGAGUUUCUCACCCAGAAGGAAGGCAUUCAGAACCAUCUGAAAGAAGACAAUAAAAAAGAUGCCAAGAUACCUGCAAGUCAAGAAGAAGUGAACGGCAGCACAAACGGUCUAAAGGAGGAACAGAAAAACAAGCUCCACAUUGUUGAGAAAGAUCUCGAUGAAUUUGUGGAUAGCCUGACCGAAGUCCCAACAUCUGGGCUUCCUAAGAAACCACCAGACGAAGAGAAGCAUCUGGUGACUGAAAUGGCUGCUGCAAAACUGCCUCGGGCCGAGCAAGUUGCAGAAAAAGUCCUGAGGGCUGAAAGGGUGGUUGAGAGAGCCCAACGAGUAGAAAAACCACCAGUACUGGAAAAGGUGGCAGAGAAAGUGCCAAGGGUUGAAAAGGCACCCCAAGUGGAGAAGACGGUACGGGCAGAAAGGACAGCUGAGAAACCACACCUAACAGCACCGAAGAUUGUCUCUGUGAAGCGAAAAACAGAAAGCCGAGCUGCUAAGGAUACGCUGCCUUGGGAAGCUCUGACUUUGAACAAAUGCAUUCUGGUGGCAACUUUCCUGGCUCUCCUCAGUGUGAGCUGUCAGGUAGUUCAAGAGGCCAUAGAAUAUGGUGGGGCUGUUCUUGAGGCAGAGCUGAGUGCCUGGACCACACAAGAAGACAGUCCUGGGGAACAGGAGGAGCUGUGGUUUUACGAACGGUGGUUUGAUUGGUCAGACAUGGAUGAACCUCCUGAAAUAGAGGAGGAGGAACUCCUGGAAGUUGAGGAAGAACUUUUAGAAGUUGAGGAAGAAGAAAAAGAGGACAAGGAGACACCUUUAGAGGAUGGAGAAGAAGGGACAGAACCAGUAGAAAUCAAAGAGGAAGAGGAAGAAGAAGAGGAGGAAGAAACAGAGGAAGAACCACUCCCAAAGAGGGGCCUCGGGAAAAUCCAGGAGAAAAUCAAACGAGAAACACCUUCCAAGAGUAAAAGCCAGAAAGACCGCAAAGUUCAGGAGAAAGAAGAAGAGAAGAAGCACCUUCAGGACAGGAGACAUCGCUGGGAAGGGAAGGGGAAGGAGAAGCAGCAGGAGGACAGGAAGACCCAUCGCCACAAACAUGGUGACACAGCCCCUCCACUGAAGGAGCAUAAAGAAAAGCAUCCCUUGCUGGAUAAAAGAAGGGGACCCUCCAAGGAUGAGCAUGGCAAAGGGAAAGGCCAUCUCAAGCACGAGAGGGACCCGAAGGAUAGGAAGCCCUGGCAGAUUCAGAAGAAUUUCUUCCCCUCACCCAAGGAGAGUGCCCAGAGAUUUGGGCGGCAUAAGUCCCAGGAAUUGAAAAGGCAUGACUGAGAUCCAAGGAUUGCCGAUUUGAUGUCACUGUGGCAAGCAAUAUGCUGCUCACACAUACACUCUCUCUCUCAUUCUCUCUCUCUCUCUCUCUCUCUCUCUCUCUCUCUCUCUCUCUCUCUCUCUCUCUCUCUCUCUCUCUCUCUCUCUCUCUCUCUCCUGCACAUCCUUUCCCUGAAAGUGUGGGGACACAAAGACAUCCAGAUUUGAAGCUGGGUGGCUCCUGUUGAGACUAGGCCUCAAGAGGCAGAUUUGCCAGAGUUGGAAGCAGAGAUGCUUUUUUUGCGCCUUGCCUUAUCCUUCCGAUAAUGGUGGCGCCGGCAAUCACAAGUUCUCAGGAGGGGAACAGGAGUCACUUAGCCAGAUCAGUCUUUCCUGCUCUGCUGUCCCCUCAGAGUCAUUGAAGAACUUCAAAAAAGAACGUCCUUUCUCCAUUUGUGCUUUACCUGCCCAGUUAUCUCCAAACGAAGCGCUAAUGUUGGUUUCACAGCAAAGAGGAAGCCUUAAACCUUUAUACUGACCUCAGUCCUUGACUUGGAGGAGCCUCACAAACACGGUGGACUUAUUCCCCGAUCCCUCAUUAUAUACAGAUUUGUAACAGGAAUGCGUGAACUGCCUCUCUUGUACACAACUGUGUGUUUUCUUUUCUUUUCUUUUUUGAGCUGAUACCAAAGCUGUGUGUUUAAACUGGAAUUCCUCAUUCAGAAGUCCAACAAAAGAGUCUAUAUGCUGGAAUGGACCUUAGAUGAUUUUAGCAACUCCCAUACCUCGAUUAAUAGACAUCUGAAUUUUUUUGGUCACUUUUCGAGAGCAAAGCAAGUCUGCACCUCAGAAUUUGCUUCUUGCCUAUUUUGUGGGAAAACUGGAUUUUUUUCCCCUCUGUUGCACAAAAUGAAGCCUAUCAAUGUGAAGCUAAAUCAGCUCUGGUUCUUCCUACGAUAAAUGUUACCACAGAGAAAUUGUAGCAAGUAAUCAGCUAGAUUGGGGAAAAGUCAUGAUAAUUUCAGAAAUAAAUGUCAGGUAUGAACUUAAAUAUUUUCAUGGUUUAACAUAAGGAAGAAAUAGGAUGCACAGUCCACAAUACAGCCCUCGGUAUUCCAAGUUGCCUGGGCUAUUAUUUUGACUUUUUGAGCUACUAAAAGCAAAUUGAAUGUGAACUAAAACAUUUUGUCCAAGAAAAUUUGCAUUUUUCAGUGGAGAAGAAAAAGCUUGAAUUGAGAGGGUUUGUUGCUGGUUUGUAUCAACUGAACAAGAAGCAUUUUAAGUUACAAGGCAACUGUUGCACGGCCAUGAAUUGCACUGAGUCAUCAAGCUCUUUAAAAUUUGGAAUUGUACUAUACAAUUAUCAAAUUAUAACUAUGUGUGAGCAGGUUAACACAUUGGGAUGAUUUCACCUGUAGAAAACAUCUCCCAAUAACAUGAAAGUUUUGUUUGAUUUAAUACCAUCAAGACGAUUCCCUAUGUUUAAAAGCCAUUUUUAUUUCCCUCUCCCAGUUACUUAUCAUACUACAUGGAAAAUUAUGGGCAGAAAUACGACUCAAAAACACCUCAAGAUGUAACAGAUCUUAAUAAUAAAAGUUUGAGCUUGAAUCAGA